AUGCCGAUCCCCGAUCACAAGGCAGUUAGCCACUUCAUCGGCGGCAACCCUCUCGAAACCGCUCCUGCCAGCGCCGUCGCCGACUUUAUCCGCAAGCAGGGCGGUCACAGCGUCAUCACCAAGGUGCUCAUCUGCAACAACGGUAUCGCCGCCGUCAAGGAGAUCCGUUCCAUCCGAAAAUGGGCUUACGAGACCUUCGGCGAUGAGCGUGCCAUCGAGUUCACCGUCAUGGCCACCCCCGAGGAUCUCAAGGUCAACGCUGAUUACAUCCGCAUGGCUGACCAGUACGUCGAGGUACCUGGUGGCUCGAACAACAACAACUACGCCAACGUAGACCUCAUCGUCGAUGUCGCCGAGCGAGCCGGCGUCCACGCCGUCUGGGCCGGUUGGGGCCACGCCUCGGAAAACCCUCGUCUCCCCGAGUCGCUCGCCGCUUCCAAGCACAAGAUCAUCUUCAUCGGUCCUCCCGGCUCGGCCAUGCGUUCGCUCGGUGACAAGAUCUCGUCCACUAUUGUCGCCCAGCACGCCGACGUGCCGUGCAUGCCCUGGUCCGGUACCGGUAUCAGGGAGACCAUGAUGAGCGAGCAGGGUUUCCUCACCGUCUCAGACGACGUCUACCAGCAGGCCUGUAUCCACACCGCCGAAGAGGGUCUCGAGAAGGCCGAAAAGAUCGGCUUCCCCGUCAUGAUCAAAGCCUCCGAAGGUGGAGGAGGAAAAGGUAUCCGAAAGUGCACCAACGGCGAAGAGUUCAAGCAGCUCUACAACGCCGUCCUCGGUGAGGUGCCCGGCUCGCCCGUCUUUGUCAUGAAGCUCGCCGGCCAGGCGCGCCACCUCGAGGUCCAGCUGCUUGCCGAUCAGUACGGAAACGCCAUCUCCAUCUUCGGUCGUGACUGCUCCGUCCAGCGUCGUCACCAGAAGAUCAUUGAGGAGGCUCCCGUCACCAUCGCUCCCGAGGACGCUAGGGAGGCCAUGGAGAAGGCCGCCGUGCGUCUCGCCAAGCUCGUCGGUUACGUCUCUGCCGGUACCGUCGAGUGGCUCUACUCUCCCGAGUCGGGCGAAUUCUCGUUCCUCGAGCUCAACCCCCGUCUCCAGGUUGAGCACCCCACCACCGAGAUGGUCUCCGGUGUCAACAUUCCCGCCGCUCAGCUUCAGGUUGCCAUGGGUAUCCCCCUCUACUCAAUCCGCGACAUCCGAACCCUCUACGGCAUGGACCCUCGCGGCAGCGAAAUGAUUGACUUUGAUUUCUCCAGCCCCGAGUCGUUCAAGACGCAGCGCAAGCCUCAGCCUCAGGGUCAUGUCGUUGCAUGCCGUAUCACCGCCGAGAACCCUGACACGGGUUUCAAGCCUGGCAUGGGUGCCCUAACCGAGCUCAACUUCCGCUCCAGCACUUCUACCUGGGGUUACUUCUCAGUUGGUACCAGCGGUGCGCUUCACGAGUACGCCGACUCACAGUUCGGUCACAUCUUUGCCUACGGCGCCGACCGAUCCGAGGCGCGAAAGCAGAUGGUCAUCUCGCUCAAGGAGCUCUCGAUCCGUGGUGACUUCCGAACCACCGUCGAGUACCUCAUCAAGCUACUCGAGACCGACGCCUUCGAGUCCAACAAAAUCACCACCGGCUGGCUUGAUGGUCUCAUCCAGGAUCGCCUCACCGCUGAGCGACCUCCUGCAGAUCUCGCUGUCAUCUGCGGUGCUGCUGUCAAGGCCCACCUGCUGGCCCGCGAGUGCGAGGAUGAGUACAAGCGCAUCUUGAACAAGGGUCAGGUGCCUCCUCGCGACACCAUCAAGACCGUCUUCUCGAUCGACUUUAUCUACGAGAACGUCAAGUACAACUUCACCGCCACCCGCAGCUCCGUUUCUGGUUGGGUGCUCUACCUCAACGGUGGACGCACGCUGGUUCAGCUGCGCCCGCUCACCGAUGGCGGUCUGCUCAUCGGUCUUUCCGGCAAAUCGCACCCCGUCUACUGGCGUGAGGAGGUCGGCAUGACCCGCCUCAUGGUCGACUCCAAGACAUGCCUGAUCGAGCAGGAGAACGACCCUACUCAGAUCCGCUCGCCCUCGCCCGGUAAGCUCGUUCGAUUCCUCGUUGAAUCGGGUGACCACGUCAAGGCUGGACAGGCUAUCGCCGAGAUUGAGGUCAUGAAGAUGUAUCUACCCCUCGUCGCUGCCGAAGACGGUGUCGUCUCGUUCGUCAAGACCGCUGGUGUCGCUCUCAGCCCCGGUGACAUCAUCGGUAUCCUCUCGCUCGACGACCCGAGCCGCGUGCAGCAUGCCAAGCCGUUCGCAGGUCAGCUGCCCGACUUCGGUCUGCCCAUCAUCGUCGGCAACAAGCCUCACCAACGCUACACCGCCCUCGUCGAGGUGCUCAACGACAUCCUCGACGGUUACGACCAGAGCUUCCGAAUGCAGGCUGUCAUCAAGGAGCUCAUUGAGACGCUGCGUAACCCCGAGCUGCCCUACGGUCAGGCUUCCCAGAUCCUGUCCAGCUUGGGCGGCCGUAUCCCCGCCAGGCUCGAGGAUGUGGUCCGCAACACGAUCGAGAUGGGCCACUCCAAAAAGCUUGAAUUCCCCGCCGCUCGUCUUCGCAAGCUCACCGAGAACUUCCUGCGCGACAGCGUCGACGCUGCCAUCCGCGGCCAGGUGCAGACUACCAUUGCUCCCCUCUACCAGCUCUUCGAGGCCUACGCCGGUGGUCUCAAGGCGCAUGAGGGCAACGUCCUCGCCUCGUUCCUGUACAAGUACUACGACAUCGAGUCCAAGUUCACUGGUGAGGCUGACGUCGUUCUCGAGCUCCGUCUCCAGGCCGACGGAGACCUCGACAAGGUGGUUGCCCUGCAGACUUCGCGCAACGGCAUCAACCGCAAGAACGCUCUGCUGCUCACUCUCCUUGACAAGCACAUCAAGGGCACCUCGCUCGUCUCGCGUACCAACGGCGCCUUCAUGAUCGAGGCUCUGCGCAAGCUCGCCUCGCUGCAGGGCAAGUCGACGGCUCCUGUCGCGCUCAAGGCUCGUGAGGUCUCACUCGACGCCGACAUGCCCAGCCUUGCCGAUCGCUCUGCUCAGAUGCAGGCGAUUCUUCGUGGCUCCGUCACCUCAUCCAAGUACGGUGGUGACGACGAGUAUCACGCUCCGUCGCUCGAGGUGCUGCGCGAGCUCAGCGAUUCGCAGUACAGUGUCUACGAUGUGCUGCACAGCUUCUUCGGUCACCGUGAGCACCAUGUCGCCUUUGCUGCGCUCUGCACCUACGUUGUGCGGGCUUACCGUGCCUACGAGAUCGUCGACUUUGAGUACGCCGUCGAGGACUUUGACGUCGAGGAGCGUGCCGUGCUCACCUGGCAGUUUCAGCUGCCUCGCAGCGCUUCUUCGCUCAAGGAGCGCGAGCGUCAGGUGUCGAUUAGUGAUCUCAACAUGAUGGAGAACACCAAGAAGGCUCGCGCUGUUCCCGAGCCCCGCACCGGUGCCAUGACCAGCUGCGCUGACGUUACCGACAUCCCCGACCUGCUCCCCAAGGUGCUCAAGUUCUUCAAGUCGUCGUCCGGUGGAGCACCCAUCAACGUUCUCAACGUCGCCGUCGUCGAUCAGACCGACUUCGUCGAUGCCGAGGUGCGAAGCAAGCUUGCCGAGUACACCAACGCCUGCAGCAAGGAGUUCGCCGCUGCCCGCAUCCGCCGCGUCACCUACCUUCUCUGCCAGCCCGGCAUGUACCCCUUCUUCGCCACCUUCCGACCCAGCGAGCACGGAAUCUGGGUCGAGGAGAAGGCAAUCCGUAACAUCGAGCCCGCGCUUGCCUACCAGCUGGAGCUCGACAGGGUCAGCAAGAACUUUGAGCUUACCCCCGUGCCGGUCUCGUCGUCCACGAUCCACCUCUACUUUGCCCGUGGUAUCCAGAACUCUGCCGACACGCGAUUCUUUGUACGAUCGCUCGUGCGUCCCGGCCGCGUCCAGGGCGACAUGGCUGCCUAUCUCGUCUCAGAGUCGGACCGCAUCGUCAACGAUAUUCUCAACGUCAUCGAGGUGGCUCUCGGUCAGCCCGAGUACCGCACAGCCGACGCUUCGCACAUCUUCAUGUCGUUCAUCUACCAGCUCGACGUCAGCCUUGAGGAUGUCCAGAAGGCCAUCGCAGGCUUCCUCGAGCGACACGGCACGCGCUUCUUCCGUCUGCGCAUCACCGGUGCCGAGAUCCGGAUGAUUCUCCACGGUCCCAACGGCGAGCCUCGCCCUAUCAGAGCCUUUGUGACCAACGAGACGGGUCUCGUGGUCCGAUACGAGACCUACGAGGAGAUCGUUGCCGACGACGGGUCUGCUGUCCUGCGCGGUAUCGAGCCCACCGGCAAGGAAGCUACACUCAACGCUCAGAGCGCCCACUUUCCCUACACCACCAAGGUGGCACUGCAGUCGCGACGUUCGCGCGCCCACGCUCUGCAGACCACGUUCGUCUACGACUUUAUCGAUGUGCUCGGCCAGGCCGUCCGUGCGUCGUGGAGGAAGGUGGCUGCCAGCAAGAUCCCUGGCGAGGUGAUCAAGUCGGCUGUCGAGCUCGUCUUCGAUGAGCAGGAGAACCUGCGCGAGCUUAAGCGUGCUCCCGGUAUGAACACCAUCGGCAUGGUCGCUUGGCUCGUCGAGGUGCUCACUCCCGAGUACCCCACGGGACGUAAGCUUGUUGUCAUCGGCAACGACGUUACCAUCCAGGCCGGCUCCUUCGGUCCCAUCGAAGACCGCUUCUUCGCUGCUGCCUCCAAGCUCGCCAGGGAGCUCGGUGUGCCGCGUCUCUACAUCUCGGCCAACUCGGGUGCUCGUAUUGGCUUGGCCACUGAGGCCCUCGACCUGUUCAAAGUCAAGUUUGUCGGCGAUGACCCUGCCAAGGGCUUCGAGUACAUCUACCUCGACGAUGAGUCGCUGCAGGCUGUUCAGGCCAAGGCGGCGAAUAGCGUCAUGACCAAGCCUGUCCAGGCCGCUGACGGCAGCGUCCACAACGUCAUCACCGACCUCAUCGGCAAGCCUCAGGCAGGUCUCGGUGUCGAGUGUCUCUCGGGCAGCGGUCUCAUCGCCGGUGAGACGAGCCGGGCCAAGGACCAGAUCUUCACCGCCACCAUCGUCACGGGACGCAGUGUCGGUAUCGGUGCCUACCUUGCUCGUCUCGGCGAGCGUGUGAUCCAGGUCGAAGGCUCGCCUUUGAUCCUGACGGGUUACCAGGCGCUCAACAAGCUGCUCGGCCGUGAGGUCUACACCUCGAACCUGCAGCUCGGUGGUCCUCAGAUCAUGUACAAAAACGGUGUUUCGCACCUCACUGCCCAGGACGACUUGGAUGCUGUCAGGGCCUUUGUCAACUGGAUGGCGUACGUGCCUGCUCAGCGCGGUGGACCGCUUCCCAUCAUGCCGACCACCGACAGCUGGGACCGAGCCGUCACCUACCAGCCUCCUCGCGGGCCUUACGACCCCCGCUGGCUUAUCAACGGCAAGCGGGAGGACGACGGUACCAAGCUCACUGGUCUCUUCGACGAGGGUUCGUUCGUCGAGACCCUGGGCGGCUGGGCCACCUCGGUCGUCACUGGUCGUGCUCGCCUGGGUGGUAUCCCCGUCGGUGUCAUUGCGGUGGAGACGCGAACGCUUGAGCGUGUUGUCCCCGCCGACCCUGCCAACCCGAACUCGACCGAGCAGCGCAUCAUGGAAGCCGGUCAGGUGUGGUACCCCAACUCAGCGUACAAGACCGCCCAGGCCAUCUGGGACUUCGAUAAGGAGGGUCUUCCGCUCGUCAUCCUUGCCAACUGGCGUGGAUUCUCCGGUGGUCAGCAGGACAUGUACGACGAGAUCCUCAAGCAAGGUUCCAAGAUCGUCGACGGUCUGUCGUCGUACAAGCAGCCCGUGUUUGUGCACAUUCCACCCAUGGGUGAGCUGCGCGGUGGUUCGUGGGUCGUUGUCGACUCUGCGAUCAAUGACAACGGCAUGAUCGAGAUGUCGGCCGAUGUCAACAGCGCACGUGGUGGUGUGCUCGAGGCGUCGGGUCUCGUCGAGAUCAAGUACCGUGCCGACAAGCAGCGCGCUACUAUGGAGCGUCUCGACAGCGUCUACGCCAAGCUCAGCAAGGAGGCUGCCGAGGCGACCGACUUCACGGCUCAAACCACAGCGCGCAAGGCGAUGGCAGACCGCGAGAAGCAGCUUGCGCCUAUCUUCACUGCCAUUGCUACCGAGUACGCGGACGCACACGACCGAGCGGGACGCAUGCUUGCUACGGGUGUGCUGCGAUCUGCGCUUCCGUGGGAGAAUGCGCGUCGAUACUUCUACUGGCGUCUCAGGAGGAGGCUUACCGAGGUGGCUGCUGAACGCACGCUUGCCGAGGCCAACCCGCUGCUCAAGCACGUCGAGCGCGAGGCUCUGCUGCGACAGUUCGUCGGCGCAGCGGCUUCGGACGAGGACAAGGCGGUGGCUGAGCACAUGGAAGCAUCGGCGGCUCAGUUGCUGACGGCGUCGAAACAGCUCAAGGCGCAAUACAUCCUUGCGCAGAUCUCGACAUUGGACCCUGAACUGCGGGCUCAGCUGGCUGCUUCGCUCAAGUAA